UAAUUUUGUUGGUUUUCUCAUAGAGGUACACAAAGAUGCGUGACGCAAAACGUGACGUCGUUAGCGUAAAUACACAGGCGCCUUCUAGAAUCACUUUCAAAUUUUGUUAUUAGAGCCCCAGCCCUAGAGAUUAGUCUUGAAAGUCCAAGGAACUAUACUUAAUUCCAUAAUAUAACUAUAAUGACACAUCAAGGCGCUGCUCUUCAAAACUACAACAACGAGUUGGUUAAAUGUAUAGCCGAAUUGUGCGAUAAACGCAAUGAGCUUCACAAACAGAUCAUACAAGAAGAGAAUGAAAAGUCGAAACUGCAGAAUGACCUUCGCAUUAUUACCGACAGAUUGGCGAAGGUCAAUGAAAACCUCAGCAGAAAAAUUGCAGCGAGGAACGAGUUUGACAAAACGAUAGCCGAAACGGAGUCUGCAUAUUCAAAGAUCCUGGAGAGCUCACAGAGUUUGCUGAACGUUCUCAAGCGUGAGUCGGUGGAGCUCAAGGAAAGGGUGACAAGUGCUGGGCCUCUGAAGGCCACUUCGCAAUGAGCAACGCAGACAAAUGACACCAUAGUGUGAAUACCGUCCCUAACCUUGUUAUAUAUAGUACCGCCUUCUUUAUAAAUAAGAAAUGCAAAUAUGUACAUUAACUCGAGCGUCGAGAUUGAAUUUGUGUGAUUGUCAAGGUCAACGAUGUUAGAUAAUUACAGAAUCCACCAACCUCACUUCAUGGGAGUGUUCCUUGUGGGUUAAUGUGCUUGUAA